UCGCAUGCACAAGUCACGUAUGUACAGUCAGUGCAUCCGGCUGCGACACCUCUCACAGGAAUUUGGCUGGCUUCAGAUCACUCCGGAGGAGUUCCUCUGCAUGAAGGCUCUCCUUCUCUUUAGCAUUAUUCCCGUGGAAGGUCUGAAGGACCAGAAGUGCUUUGAUGAGUUGCGGAUGAAUUAUAUCAAGGAGCUGGACAGUCAUCUCAUGCAAGAGGAACAAUCCAGCAUCCAGCUCUCGACGCUUUUUCCAGCUCACCAAGCUCCUGGAUUCCGUGCAGCCAGUAAGACAUGGAUUAUAGGAGAAUGCAAACAGUGCCCUUUUGCUUUUUCUUUGUCCACCACACUGCACUUCAGAUAUUAUGUUUUGAAACCAACUCCACCCACCCAAACAGAAAGUAUCGUACAAUCUCAUUAUCAGGUAAGACAUCUCAACUAUAAUAAGCCUUAUUUAAAAUUAAUACCAGUUUUGUGAACCCAAUCGGAAAUUAAGAUGAAGAACAAAAAAGUUGGGACUGAUGAGAUCAUCCAAAAGGAGCUUGAGUUUAAAUUAAGGCUGACCAUACUGCAUGACCAUCUGGGCAUUUAUGUUCAGUCGGGGCUAUUUCAAUAGAUAAUCCUGAAAUCCUAAUGGAUUGUCUGUCCUAGUGGAAAUAUCCUUCUUCUGUAUGUCAUCUGUCUGUUUUGGCUCUCAGACAGAUUGGUCAUACUACAGAUUGGUCCGAGUGUAGACUAGAACCCUUUGGAGUUCUUGGGUUGUCCACCUGGAAAGCAGAAGUGGAAGAUAAAAAAUAUUUGAAAUCAGUGAACCCAUACAGUUUGUGCUGGUUGAUAUUAUUGUAUCUUACAAGCCUUGGGUCCCACGCUCUGUCAAAGCAGGUAUGUGUUGCCUGCAUGAUAGAUGAAGCCAAGUUAUGGUUCUGUACCUAAUUUAUGUUUGCCAUCUUAGCCAUGAUCUGCUCUUAUAAUUAACUUCAGAAUUUUUCAGAUUGAAUGUAUGGAAUAUUCGAGUGGGUUCCUGUUAUGCAAGAGCACAGUUUCUGUCUUUCUGUUUUUACUUUUUAUCUAUAGCACUCAGCAGCGCCAGAGAGGCCUUACUAUCAGAAGCAGGCAGAUCCUGAAUAUUCCAUAUGCUCAAAUGCAGAGACUUUGCCCCCGGGCUUUCUGCAACACAAUUACUUAAAUUACAAAAUGGACCCAAAAGCCAACUAGUAGCUUUGCAGUGUG